ACUCACGCACCGUCUGCCCGUUCACAAGUGGCAAUAUGGUGGGCAUGUUGGCUGGCUGCUUGUUUCAGUGCUCGUUCGUCUUAGUCAAGACAAACAGCCUUUUUGCUGGCUUGUGCAAAAGAUUGUAUCGCUCGCGUUUCUAGUACCAUCAUCAAGUGCCAUGUCUUUUUGACAAUCCGGGCAGUGCGGUAGCAGCCGGAACUGAAACGAUCGAUCCGGCCGCUAACUGACUAAUUUAUCCUUUAAAAAAAUUUUUUUUUUCAUAUUUUUUUGCGGCCAAUUAAGAAAAUAAUAAUAAAAAAAAUAAUGUGCUCAAGUGCAGUGAAACGAUCACUAGUGAUUUUGAUCAUCCAGUGCUGCUGGUGUCUGACUGGCAUCGUUGUCGACAGCAGUCGGGUAGGAUUGACGGAAAAUGAAAAGCAAUCUGCCUUCGAGCAGUUGUUGGGUAAAACUGGCCGGUUAAGGAUGUCAGGAUCGUCUCAGACGUUACUCGAAUCAACAACGACGUUACCUCCGACCAUCAUGUCGAUUGCCAUGCCGAUCAUGUUGAGUGAUGAAGAGGCCAAAAGGCACGAUCGGCGGCACGCCAUCCACCAUCAAAAGAAAAACAACAAAAAGGAUCAUUCCAAACGUCAACAUCAUGCUGGACGGCAUGUUUGCACGCACGAAGAGACGAUAACCCGACCAAUCAGAGUGGUGGAAUCCUAUUGCAAACCAGCCUAUAAAUCGUUCACUCAACGCUGUAGCAACGGCACCAUGUGCACGGCCUUCAGGGUGCAGUACGACACGGUCUACCGUACGGUGGUCAAGUACCAGACCACCACGGAGAAAAAACACGCCUGCUGUCCCGGAUGGACUCACGCAGACAAACACACCCAUGGAUGUUUGCAAGCUGUGUGUAACAAAGGUUGCAAGAAUGGCGGCACUUGCGUCAAGCCUAACGUAUGCACGUGCGCUCCGGGAUACACUGGCCCGUCCUGCGAGUCAGACCUGGAUGAAUGUUCAGCACCCGGCAGCAAUGUUUGCCAGCAAACGUGUAUCAAUUCCGCCGGAAGUUAUCAAUGUGCCUGUCACGAGGGUUUCCAGCUGCAAGACGACGGUCGAUCCUGCAAAUUUCGACUGGAAUUGAUUCCAGAGCUUCAAACACUUUUGAUCAACUACGAGUCCAUGUCUAAACGAUUGGCCGCACUGGAGCAGGAACCCAAAUUUAACAAUAGCGUGAGUCAACCAAUGCACACCGCACCACAGGUGGACGUUGUUGAUUAUCAGUCAACCAUAGCCAAUAUGACGGAUCAUAUUUUGUUAUUGGAAGAAAAGCUGAACAAACUGCAAAACGAGACGACUUUGCUGAUUGCUAACAGCAAUAACUGCGUGGAAUCCAGUGAAUCCUCGAACAGUGAUUCGCUAGAAUCAUUGAGCGCACAGAUAUCCAUUCUGGAGGAACGAUUGGCGGACUGUACAUGCACAAUGACCCCAUCCGUUAACGCAAUCAAGAUGCGCCCUUAACCAACUUUGCGCCGUCCACCUUUCCCAACUAUCUUGCCACCGAGCGGAUCGUCACUUCCUUAAAAGUCCAAUACAUUCAAAAGAAACACGAUUCGAACCAAGCCGAACUUCCAUCCCCCUUAUUAUUUCGCAUCAUCACAUCCAAGCCACUGACUGCCACGGGACGUGACUGUUUUUUGUUUUUUGUUUUUUUCUUGCUUCCUUUUUUAAAUCGUUUUUGUUUUCGAAUUCUGGAAGUUAACUGGAAAUAUAUAGACACGCUAUCAUCGGA